CUGUCAUUGUGUCAUUCAUGCUGUGCUGUUGCCGCCUGUUAAAAUUUUGUUUGGCGCACGUUAAUCAGAAGCGGCGUGGUUCCAAGUGAAUUUGUCCCUUGUUAGAGGUUUACAAUGGAAUUCUUAGAAUAUAAUGAUGUUUCAGCAGAGAUCAAAGGAGCUAUGGUGCCAGGACGUUUAAAAAUGACCGAUCAGAAUAUUAUAUUCAAGAACAGCAAGACCGGAAAAGUGGAACAAAUAUCGUCUAACGACAUUGAACUAGUAAAUUUCCAGAAGUUCGUAGGAUCUUGGGGCCUGAGAAUAUUCAUGAAAAAUGGUACACUACACAGAUACGGAGGCUUCAGGGAGGGGGAACAAGAAAAAGUGGCCAAGUUCUUCAAAUCAAACUACAAUAAGGACAUGCUGGAGAAGGAGCUGUCCCUCAAGGGCUGGAACUGGGGCACGGCCAAGUUCAACGGGGCGGUGCUCAGCUUUAAUGUGGGAUCUAACACCGCUUUUGAGGUCCCGCUGCAUUAUGUGUCACAGUGUAAUACAGGGAAAAACGAAGUUACACUUGAGUUUCAUCAGAAUGACGACACCCCAGCAUCCCUAAUGGAGAUACGUUUCCACAUCCCAACAAACGAGUUAGCAGGUGACAUGGAUGCUGUGGAGGCCUUCCACCAACAGGUCAUGAACAAGGCCAGCGUUAUAUCCGUUUCCGGUGAUGCCAUUGCCAUCUUCAGGGAACUACAGUGUCUCACACCUAGAGGUCGCUACGACAUCAAAGUGUUCCAAACCUUCUUCCAACUGCACGGUAAAACGUUCGACUACAAGAUCCCCAUGUCGACCGUGCUUCGCCUGUUCCUGCUGCCCCACAAGGACACGCGGCAGAUGUUCUUCGUGGUGUCGCUGGACCCGCCCAUCAAGCAGGGCCAGACCAGAUACCAUUACUUGGUGCUGCUGUUUGGUAUUGAAGAGGAGACAAGCUUGGAACUGCCUUUUACUGAGGAGGAGCUGAAAGAAAAAUACGAGGAUAAAAUCAAGAAAGAGCUCUCGGGACCAACAUAUGAAGUGUUGGCAAAAAUUAUGAAGGUGAUCAUAAACAGGAGAGUCACAGGCCCAGGCGACUUCUUAGGCCACCACAAAACACCAGCAAUCGCGUGCUCAUACAAGGCGGCUGCCGGCUACCUGUACCCGCUAGAGAAGGGCUUCAUCUACGUGCACAAGCCGCCCGUGCACAUCCGUUUCGAGGAGAUCGCCUCCGUCAACUUCGCCCGAGGAGGCGCCUCAUCCACCAAAUCGUUCGACUUCGAGAUCGAGCUGAAGUCCGGCAGCGUGCACACGUUCAGCAGCAUCGAGAAGGGCGAGUACGACAAGCUGUUCGACUACAUCACCUCUAAGAAGCUACACGUUAAGAAUACCGGCAAGAACGACAAAGCCCUGUACGACGACGACUUCGGCGACUCGGACACGGAGAAGGAGCCCGACGCGUACCUCGCGCGCGUCAAGGCCGAGGCCAAGGAGCGCGACAGCGACGACAGCGACGACGAGAGCACGGACGAGGACUUCAACCCCGACAAGGCUAAAGAGAGCGACGUCGCCGAAGAAUACGACACGAAUCCGUCGUCAUCGGAAGACUCUGACGCGUCGAACGCGUCAGGCGACGACAAGAAAGAGAAGAAGAAGGAAAAGAAACCCAAGAAAGCUAUCACUAUUUCCGAAGCACCCCGUAAACGCAAAGACAAAAAAGGCAAAAAGGAAAAAGACGCAAACGCGCCCAAACGGCCCUCGACCGCCUUCAUGUUGUGGCUGAACGAGAACCGCAAGAAGAUAACUGAGGAGAACCCCGGCAUCAAGGUCACCGAGAUCGCCAAGAGGGGCGGCGAGCUGUGGCGAGACCUCAAGGACAAGUCUGAAUGGGAAGAAAAAGCUGGCAAAGCGAAAGAAGACUACAACGCAGCUAUGAAGAAAUACAAAGACAGUGGCGCCGCCGACGAGUUCAAACAGAAGAAGAAACAAGCGGCCAAGGAGGCCAAGGCGGCCGAGAAGAAGAGCAAAGCGCCCGCCAAGAAGAGCAAGAACACCAGCGCAGGCUCCGGGGCGGGCAAGUUCACCAGCAAGGAGUACAUCGAGGACGAUGACAGCUCCUCGGACGAGGAUAAGGAUAAGAAGAAGAAGGAUACUAAAGAUAGCAAAGAAUCGAAGAAAGAAAAGGCGAAAGCAAAGAGUUCUUCAGAAUCAGAAGCCGAGGCAUCCGCUUCCGGGUCGGGCUCCGACGCAAGCGGAAGCGGGAGCGAUUAGUGCACUAACUAUACAUUUAGAUAGAGUACAACCCAUAAAUACAUUAGAACUGUCAUUUUGGAAUAAAAACUGAAUAGCUCGAGAGUAUCAUUGGUCAACGUUUGGUUCGCAAAGUGGCCAAUCGCGGAGUUUUUAAACCGUUUUUUUUAAGUUAUAGAUUUACUUUUUUUUUCAUGAUCAGCAGAUUGCAAGUACGAAAAUUAAUUCUUCAAGUCUUCAUAAAGAAGCAUUUCUUUUGUUUCAUUGUUUAAAAAAAAACAAACGAAAGUCACCAUAAUCUACUGUACAAAAGGUUCAAAUUAAAAAUAGGUAAACUUUGUAUGGUGGGCCUACGAGGCUAGAGAAAGAUUAAUUCCAUGUUUGUAAUUGUAACAGGAUUUUUGGUUCACUUCAUAAAAAAGUACCUGCGAAAAGCGCUGCUCUUGAGCAUUACAUUUCAAGUAAACUAUGACAACGUACUAAUGUACAGUGCUCAAUAAUUUCUUAAAACAAUAGGGCAGUAAAAGCUGUAAAAACAUUAAGAUAUCUUGAGCCAUACUGAAACUUAUUAGAAUUAUUAUGUUUCAAUUUCCUUAUAGCUAUGUACAACAGAAUUGUAAAUGGUUAUUUCAAGACGAUAAUUGUUAGGUAUCUGUAUAAUUACAUUAAUUACGUUCAUUCAGGCUGGUUACCUUAAUUAUUACUAUUGGCAGGUUUUCCUUAUUUUGUUUCCUCCGUAACGCUAAAUAUACAUGAAACUAAACAAAACCCUUGGCAUACAAAGGAAACUGACAUAAAUUGGUCAUGAUCGUGAUUAUAUAAUUUGAAGCUUAUGUUUAUGGAUACAAUUAGCGAUGUACUACGAAAGCUGCGGUUUUAUUGUUUAAAUUUGUUUGUGAUAAUAUUAUAAUCAGCCUAAAAUAUAUGAAAAUGAUAGAAAUUUUCAAUAAUAUCUAACUAAACAAUAAUAGUACUUACACAAAACAACAGGAUUUAAUGUUCCAUAUUUCUUAGGCUGAGUAUAAUAUGUGUGUCCUAAUGGAAUAUUGCGAUAAUGUUUGUAAACCAUUCCUGUCUAACAUAUGAUCUGUUUUGUACCAAUCAUAACCUGUAAAUAUAGUUAAGUAAUUGUUAAUUAUUAAUUUUGUCAUACCCCUGUUUAAAUCUGUUCAUUGAUACUUACAUAACACAAAUCGUAUGGCAAAUAUAAAAUACCUUGCUUGAAAAAAAAAUUGUCACUAUCCCAAAAAUGUUGGACUUUUUAAUCUCGAAAAACGGCUAUAAACAUGAUAAAUUAGCCCUAAAUAUCAAGUCGAGUAAGCCUAGUUGUGGUGAUCAUACCCCGCCCACACACAUAUGGCCGUUGUAUUUGGAAAAAUAUGGCUGCAACUCUUUCAAUUACGAUAUUAACGAAAAAAAUACAAAUUGAAUAUUUGGAUAAAUAAGGCCAAUAAAUCACGUACGAAAAUCCCAUUUUAAAAACAGACAUAACAUGCUAAUUAGAUACAUAGAUAGCUGCACAAAUCUCACAGUAAUUUGACGGCCUCCUAGUCUAAUUGGUAGUUGGUAGUGACUCUGCCUCUGAAGCAGGGGGUCCCGGGUUCGAAUCUCGGUCAGGGCAUUUAUUUGUGUACUUAAUUGCUUAUCACAAAUAUUUGUUUCUGAGUUAUGGAUGUUUUCUAACCCCCUAAUUCAUAAAACUUUACGGGUCUGAUUUAGUUAAAUUAUGUUUUAUACCUUCUUACAAAUAAGUCAAAAUGACGGAUGUAUCUAAGUAUGUAUUUAUCUGUAUGAGUAUGUAUAUCGUCACCUAGUACCCAUAAUGGCUAUAAUACAAGCUUUGCCUUAUUUGAGGUUAGGUAGUCGAUCUGUGUGACUAUCCCCAAAUAUAUUAUUUUACAGUCAUGUAAGUUGAGUUGGUCCUAUCAUCCCAUACUAUCAUCCUUAUUGGAAACGUCAUUGCCGUACGAGUAAGAUAAAUGUGCGAUUGUUUUAUGAUUGUUUAUCUUGUAUGGUUUAAAUUACAAUAGCUUUAAUACUACGUU